UCCCGCAGGACGCGGACCGCCGUCAAUGCCAAGUGCCACAUGUCAGUGUCGUUGCCACUCAGCCGAAUCGUGAAAAGUAAAUGUCCGGGAAAAUUCGAUUCUAUUGACAGAUCCUCGCCAUGGAAAUUGUCCUGGUGCCGACGCUAUUGAAUCUGACGCGAUGGGACGAGGGAAAUUUGACGUCCAAGGCGGAGAACGCCACGGUGUUGGUGGAGGAAAAAGAUUGGGAUGACGGCAAUCCCAUUUUGGCUUUGGUGUUGUUCUCCUUUUGUCUGGCCACCGUCCUGGGCAACGCAUUGGUCAUCGCCGCGGUGACCAGGGAACGUUACCUGCACACCGUCACCAAUUAUUUCAUCAUGUCACUGGCCGUGGCCGAUUGUCUCGUCGGAUCCAUCGUCAUGCCAUUCAGCGCAGCCGUCGAAAUGCAAUCAGACCGGCGAUGGUUAUUCGGUCGCGAUCUCUGCGAUGUGUGGCACUCGUUUGACGUCCUGGCCAGCACCGCAUCCAUCCUCAACCUCUGCGUCAUCUCCAUGGAUCGUUAUUGGGCCAUAACGGACCCGUUCACUUAUCCGAGUCGGAUGACGCCCAAACGGGCCGCUUGUUUCAUCGCCCUCGUUUGGGUCUGUUCCAGUCUCAUCAGUUUCCCGGCCAUCGCCUGGUGGAGGGCCGUCGCCGUCGACCUCGCCCAGCACGACGGCGCCACUCACCUGAUGGCCUCCUCCUCCUCGUCCAGCACAUCCGACAUCAACGAGCGGAUCCAUCCGCUGCCGGAGCAUUGCGUCUUCACCGACGACAUCGGAUACCUCGUCUUCUCCUCGACCGUCUCCUUCUACGGCCCCUUGUCCGUCAUGGUCUUCACUUAUUACCGAAUCUACCGGGCGGCCGUGGCCCAGUCACGGUCCCUCCGGCUGGGCAUCAAACAGGUCGUCAUGGCCUCGACAGGUGAAAUGGGAAAAGGGACGGGGGGAGGAUCGGGGUCGGGAUCCGGUGGGUCGGGAUCGGCCGAAACGGUCGAACUUUUAACUUUGCGCAUCCACCGCGGAGGUCGAGUCGCUUCCGACAAUCGGCGAUGCGCUGCGGCCGCCGCCCUUUUGACCUACCAGGCGGCCAAUCGUCACCAAUUGCCCAUCGAUCCUUCAUCGACGUCCAGCACCAGCAACAACGUCCUGCAAAUCGCCGACGCUUCCCAACCGUCAACUUUGCAGCGACAACAAUCAGCAAUCGAUCGGCGCCAUUCACAAACGGAGGCGACGAUUGCCGGCCUGUCCGUUUCCUCGUCGGUGGACGGUGACGGCGGAUCGGGACGUUUGCCAAUCGCCAAAAUGAAUUUGAGUCGAAAAUUGGCUAAAAUAGCCAAGGAGCGCAAAGCGGCCAAGACGCUGGGCAUCGUGAUGGGCGUGUUCAUCGCGUGUUGGUUGCCUUUCUUCGUGACGAAUUUGCUCUCGGCUUUCUGUCAGUCGUGCAUCCACAACCCGGAACGGGUCGUCACCGUCGUCACUUGGCUCGGAUGGAUCAACUCGGGCAUGAACCCCGUCAUCUACGCUUGUUGGUCUCGCGAUUUCAGAAGAGCCUUCGCUCGGAUCCUGUGCGGAUGCUGCCCACGUCUGUUCCACCGCUGGAAGAGACACAGUGGCAAAUCGGGAACCAACAAUCCAAUGAACCAUCACCACCACAAUCUCGGAGGAUCGGCGACAGCGACUACAAUUUCCGCCAGCAUUUCGACCGGAACCAACAGCCGGCCGCUCUCGCACACGAGUAUCGUGCUGGCCACGCCGAGUGGCUCCCAAUUGAGUCCGUUGACGGGCAGCCAAACUUUUACAUCGCUGUGUCAUCAUUCGACCUCUUUUCCCAUGUGAUUACGCCUUCUUACGCCAUCACGUGUCAUGCGUGGGAGGAUAAAUGAGUUGCCGAUCUUUAUAGCCAAGCUGUCACGUUAUUUGUUCACUCGACGGGGGAAAAAAACUAAUUACAUUACACCGCGUGUAAUCAUGUUACCAUAGUUACCCAAGGCCGAGAAACCCAAUUAAUAUCAAAUAAUACCAAAUUCCAGAACACGUCCCAGGGAAAUGUUUUCGAAUCUUAUCAAGAAAACGGAAUGUCAUUCUCGAAUAGAAAUAUCCAUUAAUCAGCUGAACCGAGUGGCUUCCAAUUCAUUUCACCUGGCCGACACCUUUUUCCCACCUCAUCACCAAGUUGGCUUAUUUGGCUUCAUCAUCCGAUGAAAAAAAAAUACGAAACGAAUGAUUUGGGGACAGCAGAGGCGAAUGAAUCUGUUGUCGAGCUUCAAAUGGCAAUCGGCGAUAAUAAAUUGACUUUGCGAAAUGUCAAAGUGGCGAUCAAUAUCUUAUUGUACAACAUGUAUCAUUAUUGCACUCAUUUUUUAUAAGUGUCUGAUGGGGAUCAAACUCCUUACAAGAAAUGAAUCAAAUA